GCGCAGGAGUGUCGGAGUGAUCAUGCCUCAUGGUCUCAUGGCCCUGGAACAAUGAAGACCCACUGACUGAGAAUCGUGCAAGUGUCUGCAAAGUGACAAAGACUCUGACUACAAGUGGCAUGCUGCAUUACGGUCAGGACACUUGACUGGCUUGACCGGCCUAAUGGGAUGGCAUGCAACGGUUACCAUUUCCUCACCAUGCAGAUAGUAUCCAGUGCUGGAAGAACUGAGCAACCGGGACGAACGUGAUCAGAUAAGGAGAAGAGAGCAGGAAGCCUAUCUGGAAAGUGCCCUGUAGGAAAUUCGAGUCGUCAUAAGACCUUCUGCGUCCCCAGGGUCCCUUCAAAUUCUAUUUUGACCUGACGCAAGCAACAACAGCAGUCUGAGCUGGCUCAUUGACCUAGGACCACACCGCAGAGCCACCAAUUUGAAGGACGUCGUUCACCUCCUCGUGCUUCACUGUCUGUCCGAAGGCGCAGAUGUGUCAUCACCCUUGCAUACUUUACUACCGGUCCGAAGACGAAGACGUGUAGAACAUCAUCUUUGCUGUAUGUUGGCAAGAGCAGCUCUUCCCUGUUAGCAACAAGGGCAGCAGCAGAAGCAACAACAGGAUCAUCAACAGCAGCAACAACAACAGCAGCAACAACAACAGGAUCAUCAAGAGGUGGUUUGUCCGAGCAGGUCUAUGACUGAUUCAAGUGGUUCAGGGAUCAUAGUGCACACUGCUGACCAGUACCAUACUCAGCAAGCUGCCGCUACAUACUACCAGAGUUGCGUUGCACCCUCUCUCAGUAUGCCACCAAUGACGUACGAAGGUGGAGCACAUCCUCACCUGGUACCCCCACCAGGGCAAGUGCCCAUACAAGCCUACCAUACCUACUGCCCUACUUUUCACCCCAGGGAACCCGACAUGCCAGUGCUUGACGCUAACCAGCAUAAACAGGACUAUACAACAGUCCUGCCCGCAAUGCAUCUGAUGACGCCUGUUACGACAUUCGUAUCACCAGCCACGGGCCUAGCCACGCCACAGCACCACACGGCCAUACCCAUUGCAUCCAGUCACCAUGGUAAUGGAAUGUCGGACAUCAGGAACGACAUGCAGAGACCAACCAAUCUGCCCAUGGACAUGCCGGCAUGUGCAUCCAGUAGCCCCGUUGCAAGAUCUGCAACUUACAUCAGCCAAGUUACUCCAACACCUAUGAGUUCUCACACAAUGCCUUCGCCUUUCAGUGGAACAGCAGCAAGCAAGCCAGCCAGAGCUGACUUUCAUAAGUCGAUAAAUGAUAUGAACUUCCCCACGCCUGGUUCCUGUGACUCGCACAAGACACCAGGAGCUCAAAUGAAAGGCCAUCAACAAAGUAUGCCGACUAGCCGUGCUGCGGCUGCGGCAUCUGUGAGCAGCAGCACAACACGCAGCCACCGUUCGCCAUCCACAAGUCAAAGCUCAUCUGCCGCCCGCAUGAACAGGAAAUCCUCUCCGACUAGCCGACACAGCAAGCAAUCUCCAUCUGCUAAACGUCCCAGUGCAUGCACAGCACAGCCAAGCCGCUGUUUGCCGAAACAAGCAAAGGUCAUCCUAAGAGAGUGGCUGGAAAGCAACUUGGAAUAUCCUUAUCCAAGUGACUCGGAGAAACAGAAACUUGCCAAUCUUGCCUCUAUUACUGCUCUUCAAGUUAGUUACUGGUUUGUCAAUGCAAGGCGUAGACUGUUACCUAGACUACUGGAUGACGCCAAUCACCAAAGGGCCGCACGAAAUGAGCCACCAAUUCAGAUUCAUCCGUGUGCUAGGUUCUCUGAGUCAUUCCGUCCGCCGCACAUGAAGUGCGACCUUCCUAGCCCAACUAACUCGGUUCGAAAGCCAAAGGACAUGGCACAGUUGAGGUCUCCAGCCACUGGACUUCACCCACCCAAAGACAUAGCUGUCUUCUCGCCACCAUUACAUGCAUACGAAGCAGCUCCACAUCUGAUUCUCAGUCACCCGCAAAUAGUUACUCAACAACAGCAGCAGCCACAGCAGCCACAGCAGCCACAGCAACAGCUACAUGAUGGUAGUGACUCGUCCAGUGACUCAUCGUCCUACACAUGGCCAAGGCAAUCAAGGAGCAGCAUAGUCCAGGCCACUCCAGGUUUGUAUCCAGCUGCUGGAGUCACAGCACAUCAACCCAUUGUCAAUGUGGCCAUGGCAUCCACUGUUCUCUCACCUUCAGUGGCUGGCAGGUUGCCCGGCACCAGUGCAUCAUCGCUAGCAGCAGGUGUCAGUAAAGACCAGUAUGGAUUAGCAACAGUAGUCACUUCAUCACCCAGUCCCAGGGAGUAUAUGCAGAAGAUGCCGCCGCCAACUUUCGCCUUCUCCCAGUGCGAUAAGCCAGCAGGUCAACAGUUGGAUAGUUCCUGUUCCAGCAUCCAAUCACCUCCAUUCUUGCAGCAGCAGCAGCAGCAGCAACCUCAGCAGUAUUGCCAGCACCCAACUACUAUUCAAUCCACAAUCCCAGAACAAGGUAGCAAAGAGGAAACGGCAGGUAUGAACGGACUCUCACCGCCAAUCACACCGUCUGUGACAUCACCAGAGAGUGUGGCUGCAGUCCCGCCGCAGCCUCAGUUCCUGUUCCCCUCCACUAUGUCUAUGGUACAAGCUGGAACAUCUACACUCCCGUCACUUUACACAAGUCAUCUUAGAAGCCCACCAAUGCUUCAGCAGGGACAAACUAUCGGCUCUUACACGAGUUGCUGAAUUUUGUACACCCAUUGUGCAUUGUACACCCAUUGUGCAUUUCAACUGCAGUACAAUCAUAAUAUGAUAAGUGUUGAGUUGCUCUGUGAUCAUGUCCUUUCCUACCAUGACCACUGCAGUUGUCACGGCUAUCUUAGUUGUUAUAAUUCUCUGACUCUGUACAAAUGCCACCUUUUAGAUUCUUCCUCCAAAACCAAUUCAUUUCCGAAUUAGUUUCGGGCAUUUUGCGCACGCAGCAAUCUAGUAGGCAUUGAGAAAGGCCUCCGACUCAAUAGCGUACAUGUACUUCAAAUUGCGUAGCAUACCUUGAACAUUGAGAUUUGGCCCAUGCAUACAGAUAACAGGACUGAUGCACAUACUCAUUGUCAUUGAUACAAAAAUGCAUUGCACAGAUUAGAACAUCAAUUUAAAUUCACAACGGUGUUCGUCAAACACCUUGGUUUUAAACAUUGGAGGGUGGAAUACUUCUCCUGUAUUUCCUAACGGGAAUUAUUUUAUUCUUCUCCUCUCUUUGAGUACCUCUGGUUUUGACAGCUCCGCAAUACACUGUUCUGUUAUUUUUGUCAUUUUCGUCAUGGAUUUAGUAAUAAUAACGCCUGCUGCUUCUUGAUAAAAGGCCAUUUUCUGCUGUAUUGCGUUUUUUCAAAAAGAACUCGCCAGGGGAAAA